AUGCAGAACCAGAGCCCCUCUAAAACCCUAAACUCCACUCUCCCCUUCUCCCAUCUCACCUCUCUCUCCAGAUUCUCAAACCCACUUCUCAAAACCCUACUCCCAAUUCGCCAUUUUCCCAAAACUCAUAAAUCCCUCAAAAUCGAAUCGCUAACUCCGAACUUUCAAUUUCCCCGCCAAAAUGGUAGCCGCCUACUGGACUUCCGUUCAUUCGCCGGACGGAGCAAGGGAAAGCCUGGAGGCCCCUCCACCGGACGUAUAGAGGGAAACUCCGAGGUCCGUCGAGAAGCCAAGCGGAAUGCUCGCCGGAAAAGUAAGAAACUGGCGGAGAGUCUGUUUUACAGGCUCAAAAAUCCCCACAAGAAUUACCCGGAUAAUUUCUCAGAAGAGGAGCUGCAAAUGAUUGGUCUGGGCUAUGAUAGAAUGGUUAGGUUCAUGGAACAAGAUGACCCGAAUUUGAAGCACCCGUAUGAUUGGUACAAGUAUGGUGAAUUUGGACCCUACUCUUGGCGUGGAGUGGUUUUGGGUGACCCGAUUCGUGGAAGAAUUUCAGAUGAAUGUGUUUCCAUGAUUGGUGAAGUCAGGGAUCAAGAGGAGUGGGAAAAGAUUGAACAGCAUGAAAUGGCUACAGAUUUUCAGAAAAGAUUAGAUGCUAUGGAUAAAAAUAAGGGGUUGAGGUACUUUUGGGUGUUUGUUCGGCACCCGAAAUGGAGGGUCUCGGAUUUGCCUUGGCAGCAGUGGACUUUGGUAUGUGAGGUUGCACUCGAGGCUGGGGAUCAGAGGUUGGACAAGUGGACUUUGAUGGGGAGGCUUGGGAAUACAUCGAGGGCGAAGAUCACGCAAUGCGCUGCCUGGAUGAGACCAGACAUCAUAUACGUAAAGAGGCCAGUGUACCAGUGUAGGUUUGAGCCUCAGGAUGAGUUUUUCCGGGCCUUGACUCCAUUGCUAGACCCAGAAACUGAGGCUGAUUUCUUGUUCGAGUUAGAGACUGAUGAUGGGAGGGUGGAGUUGUGUACGUAUUUUGGCGGGUUAUGUAAGAUAGUGAGGGUGAAUCCGAAGGCAUUUGUCGAUGAUGUGGUGAAUGCAUUUAAUAAAUUGAGUGAUGAGAAGAAAGCCAAGUGUUUGGGGUUUCUAUUUGAAAAUCACCCAGUGUUGUUAUUGCAUCCAUAUACUAAGGAGUGGAAGGUGAGGCUGGAAGAAAUGGAGUUAGGUUGUGACGCGCCGGAUGAUGAUGGUGAUGAUCGUAGUGAUGAUCAAAUAAUGGAUGAUGGUAAUGAUGAUGGUGAUAGUGAUGAAGAUGAGGAUGUUGAUGAACAAGAUGACAUCGUUUUGGAUGCAGAAAUAAGUGGAGAUGAUGAAUUGGGAAUCAAGCAGGACGAGGAUUUGAGUCCGGAAGAGGAUGCUAAUUAUUGGGAUGAGGAGUUCAAGAAGUCACUUAGUAGUAACGAAGCAAUGGAAAAGCUUGUCAAGAAAAGUAUAGAGGUUUCCAACAAGUUCUACGAGGAGCAGAUGCAGGCAAUGAAUAAGGAAACAAAAGGAAGUUCUGUGGAUGGAGACGAACUGGCAAUGCGAGGUAGAAAGGCUAAAGUGAGUCGAGAAGAAUGGAAGUUGCUCGGCUAUGGUCCGUUUAGGAAGAAGGUGAAAAAGAGUAAGAUUCCUCCGGGCGUGUUCUUACGAGCAGCUGUUAGGCCCUUCACCUACAGGAAUCUUGUGAAGGAGAUUGUUUUGACAAGACAUGCUAUAGUGGAAGGUGAGAUUGGUAGGAAGAAAUGA